GCGAGGGGAGAAUUGUGUUUUCGUGUUGAUGUCGAUUUGGUGCMAUUUUAAGCAAUUUUUGAGUGGAUUUUAGCAUGAGUGAAGUCCCAACCACUAGUAACAACAGUUCUUCAACCAUGUGUGAUCUUAAUGACCCAGAAGGAAGUCUCUACACGGAUUUUGCUUCGAGUUCAUCACCGCUUCAGUUCGUUCAGCCGAGUCGUGUUGGACUUUUAGGUGGCGAUGAUAGUGAAACAACAGCCAGUAUUGAUAAGUCAAAUAGCAAGAAACCGAAUAGAAAAGACUGGAUUGAUACCGAGAAUCCACUUCACUGUAAACCAUGUGAUUUUACGGCAAAUGACGUUCAGGAAUUCCAGGAACACUCAAUAAGCUUUAAACACAUAAAGAAGGCAGCAGAGGUGCUAGAGAUGAAAGUCAAUAACAAGAAAGAUGAAGAGAAGAAGCCUGUUUCAUUUGUUUGUGAAGUUUGUGAGUGCACAUGCAACAGUGAGUCAGCAUGGAAUUCUCAUCUUCUUGGAAACAAACACAGAAAGAACCUAGAGAAACAAGGGGCUGCAAGACAGAUGCAAAAACAAAAGAUGAAGCAUGGUGGAUCUAUUAGUAUGAAUAUAUCUAGYCCUGGWCCUUUGUUUAAUUCCCAGUUUUCUCAUAAAAACAAACCUUACCAAAAACCUCCCUGGCAGGGGUCUCCUGGGGCACAUUGUGCCAAUGACUUCUUACAGUACAAAGAACCUCUGAUUGGAUUGGAAUACGUGACUGAGAUUCAAGUGUCUGGGCAGAACCCCAGGUACCAUUGUCAACUAUGUGAUGCAAAGUUUGACCAUAAUGUCAAGUUUCCUCACUUGGUUGGUGCAAAGCAUCGAUUUAAUGUUCUGAAAGAGAAAAACCCAGCGAUUGCACAAGAAAUCAGAGUUGGUGUCAAGAAGCGCUCAGAACUUACCGGAAAGYUGCUUGAAGAAGCAAUGAAAAUUGAACAAGAAGAAGGCCGUCAACAAGUUAAGACUUGUGUAGAGGCCAGUCCAUUUGAAUCCAGUACAGCACCAAAACCCCUGAUGAAGGAAGAGGACAAGAUCACGUGACAAGAAUCAAUCCAAUGGGCAAACUUCACGAAAAAGUCAGCGGAAUGAAAAGAAAUCCAAACAUCAACUUGYUAGCAGCAAGCGACUUCAACACGCAAUCCUCUUCGCAAUUUGGCAAUAAUAGUUAUGGACGUGGAAGAGCACGRGGGCGUGGUCAUCAGCAGUUUCAAGGAAGAGGUCGUGGAGGAUAYGUACCCAGGGGUAGAGGAAGAGGAAGGGGCUACUCAAAUAAUUAUAGUCAAGGCAACAAUUAUCAAAAUAACCAGCAAUCAUUUCAAGGCGACUACAAUCAACAAAAUAAGCAGUCAUUUACUGGAGGGUACAAUAAUCCCAAUAAUCAAUCGUUUACUGGAGGCUUUAGCCAUCAAAAUACCCAGCAAUCGUAYUCUGGAUCCUUCAAUCAUCAGAAUACCCAGCAAGAUUCUUACCAGCAAUACCAAUCUCCAAGUCAGCCAAGUCAAGGGUACCAAUCUCCUAGUCAGCCAAGUCAAGGGUCAUUACUACCUAAAGAGGCAUUUCGUCCCAGAUCUCCUUCCAGAACSARCUUUGGAUCCAGUAGUGCACCAUCCAGUUWUGGACAGGGGAMCCAAACYUUUCAAGAWAACUCUUGGRAGUYCUAUYGAYCUUCAAACUCUCAUGGYCUGSCAUCCUCGGAAACGACAACAAACGAUUACUUCUCGGUUUCCGAGGAUGAUAGCCUGGUUCAGUCCAAUCAAGAACUUUGCAGAAAACUAAAUGUAUUUGCUUUUGAUUUUCAGGCUUCUUCAAAUAGUGAAACGAACUUUCCGCCUAACCCUACUAUGGCUGCCGAUYCAAGAGUCAAGAAAACCGAACCAAAACCCCCUUCAACCCCACAGUCCUCGGAGAACACAAAACACAAUCUUUUCCAAAAUUUAUCAGAUUUGGGAAAACUCGUGAACUCAGAAGAGGAUGCUUCUAUUGCUUUACAAGUAUCAAAUGCAUUAACUCAAGCUUUGUUAAACUAUAGGAUGCAAAACCUUGAAUAGAACUCARCGGUUGUCUAAGUCGUAGAAGAAAUGGGCGAUCCUUGACUACUUUGUCCCUUUGGUCAGUUUAAUCUACGGUUAGGUUUGACCAUGUUAGUUAUUGUUAUGGAGCGCUUACAUGUACRUAGGCAAAUAUG